AUGCCCACCAGAUCCAUCGACAAGAUCGACAUUGCCUCUCUUGAAGCAGACAACGUUCAAAUCGUACUAAGAUGCCCAUUCCCCCAAUGCAAUGCACGAAUCAUUCCCUAUUCAUCUAAACUUCAUCCCAUUGCCGUGGAACAAGCUCCUAGUUGCAUAGAAGUUCAAGAUCUACAAUAUUGCACAACAGCUACAACAGCAGAGCAAAUACCGAGACUUGCCCCCGUUACCACCAAAUUCUACCAAAUAGACGAUGUGUGGGACUUUGACAACAUUGGCGUGAGCAGACCUUCGGAUGCAAUACUGCUGCAAACGCCCAUCAUGGCCAAGAACAACGAGCAAGUCCAUGUCGAGAGAUUGUUGAUUUGCAGCGAAUGUGACCGCGGACCUUUGGGGUUUGCUGGAUUAUCGACGCUAGACGACAACGAUCAUAAGAAUUUAAAGUAUUUUUUGAGCGAGAAUAGCGUGGUUUACGUGUUUUGA